AUGGUGAAUCUGAUCAAGAAGAGACCUCUUCAAACAAGGCUGUUCAGAGAGCUUUGCAAGGAGAUGGGAGCAGACCAUGAGCACCUGCUCUUUCAUUGUGUUCAGGGGGAGGGUCCUGGAGAGGCUGUGGGAACUGAGGAGGUUCUGACCUAUCUAGAGAAAGAGGACAGCGACCUUGCAGACCUCUUCCCUCACAUGCAGCAGAUAGAUUCCCCCCUAUGUGAAGCUGUGAAGAAGGACAUGGCUGAGCACAUGGCCAGCCUGCAGCAGAACUUUGACCCGUACUUUUCUAACCCACAGAGAUCUCAAACUUCAAUGGUGUUCUUUGUAAAUAGUCUUCCUGGUGCUCACUCUUGUGUGAAGGAGGUUUUUGUACGGCGACUUAACCACAAUGAAUCACUGUGGUACACUUUUGGAAGCGGCACAAAACUGGUGGUGAAAACUGGUCCCUCUGUCAGGCCCAAAGUGUCUCUGCUCCCCCCGUCCUCUGAGCAGCUCUCCGAGGGCUCGGCCACACUGGCCUGCCUGCUGAGUGACUACUCCCCCCAGGGGGCGAUGGUGAGCUGGGAGGUAGACGGGGCAGAGGUGAAGGAGGGGGUCCUGACCACCACAGAAGAAGAGAAGGACGGCCGCUACAGUUGCAGCAGCACCCUGACCCUGAGCAAGGCACGCUGGGAAGAGGGAGAGGUCUACACCUGCAGGGUCGCCCACGACGACACCAGUGACUCGGCCGCCUUCCGGAAAAGUCACUGUAGUGUCUAGAAGCCAUUGUAGGGGGCUAGAGAUUCCCCACAUGGUGCAAAACAUUAGUGUUUUAGAGCUGAAUGUUCCAGUAUAAUAGUAUAAUAGUGAAUAAUAUCAGUAGUGCAGUGUGCUAAACUAUUUUGAGAUUUAGUUGUACAUGUCGUCUUGCCUUCAAGUUCAAAUAAAGCUUGUUUUGAUUAAAAAAUAACCGCAAGCGUUUAUUUAAUCAUGAUUCCAAUGAUCUCUAUCUCAUGAAUAGGCAGCACAUUUCAUACUAAUUUAUAUCAAUCAGCUUCAUAAUUUAGCAUUGUUGCAUAUAACUCAUGUUUUCAAACAUAAUUAAAAGUGUAUCUGAUCCAACAAA